UAACCAAUGCGGUAGAGGACUGGUGAACUGUAGAUUCGACACAAAAUUUGUUCAUAUUUAUUGGAACUGCAAAAAAUCAUUGAAAAAUCACAAAAAUGUCUACACGUCGUCAAGUUUCUUUCUUAUACCGCCAAUUGUUGCGUGAGGCUGAAAAACUGCCAUCAUAUAACUUCAGGAUGUAUGCUGUCCGCAAAAUACGAGAUACAUUCCGUGCUAAUAGAACUAUAAACGAUUUUGAGAAAAUUGAUCAGCAAAUCAUGUAUGGAAAACAAAGUCUAGAAAUGAUACGCCGGCAGGCAAUAAUUGGACAUUUGUAUACUGCCGAGAAACUUGUAAUUGAAAAGAAACCAACAUUGCGCCCCUCAGACGAUUAGUCGAUCAGAAAUCAUAUAUGCGGACUAAUAGUUGUUACAUAAUCUUGCACCAUGAAAUAUUUAAGAUACAAUAUUUCAAUUUGUUCUUUUUUUGCAUUUUAGGCUUUAAAAUUUAUAGUGAAAAUGAAAAAACCAAAAAAAAAUGUUUAAAACUAAAGUUAAGAUAUCAAUAAAUACAAAGAAAAACACACAUAAAAACAUUUAAAUUGUAA